GUUUUAGAAAAAGGCAUUAAGAUUCGUGACAUGCCCAAUAAACCAGUACAUGCUCCAUAUUCACCGUAGUGACUAUUUAUUCAAUCAUCAAUCGUCAUCAAGCAUUCCGCCUGUUUCACUGAUCAGUCGUCAUAAGCAUCUGUGUAUGUGUGGUGACCCCGAUACCUUGACCAACUUUGGCACAAACUCGGAAAGCCCGCAGUCAAUCGGUAAUGGCAUAAAUGGUUUCAAACAUGGAAAAGGAUUCGUACCUUAUAACAGAAAGACCGACAUUAGACCCAUCGUGGAAUACGGCAACGAUCGCGAUGAGGAUCGGCUUCAGAAUGGAACGGAAGAGCCGCCAUGCGAGGAAGAGUUCAAACCGGACAAGAAACAAAGUGCUUUCAAUAGGAAUUUGUACAACUUGUGGCGAACGUAUGGAGUGGCCAGUGCUUUGCUGAAAGCUUCCAACGAGCAAGCUACCAGUGAUAGUAACCAAAAGAAGAACAAAAAGACCAAAGACGAUAAUGGCGAUCGUAUCCAACUGAUCCAUCCCCCCACGGCAGAUGACAAGAAACUCAAACCCACCAAAGGGAAAUCCAACGAGAGGAAAUACCAUUAUCAUUACGAUCACGACCACGAUCACUACCAUCACUACGAUCAUUUCGAUGAUGGCAAGAAUUACGGAAAGCAGUCUUACCGACGCAAUACUGAUUAGUGA